CUUGUAUUACUUCGCGACGCGCUUGAUUUUCUUCAAAAAUGCAUCCUCGAGGAGACCACCCAAUUAUCACAUGCACCAACAGCAGGCAUGGCCAUGAAGCAACCAUAGAUCACCUAAAGGCCAUGUACUCCAACAAACACAACCACCACCCAUAAUCUAAGACCAGUUUGAUGGUAACAAUGGUCGUCAUCAAACAUGUUCCGCGCCACUAUCGCAUUCAUCCCAAUCCUUUUCAGUUGCGCAUUCGUGAGCUGCAAACCUCGGGCUAUAGAUGCCACCCCUGUGGUGCUCUUGGCAAAGUAAAGUACUACUCUAGUACUUCCGAUGCCGACCCAAGAGUGAAAGAGCUGGGUCGACGAAUCAAGGAUGACUAUGCGAGGAUCCGCGAGCAAUACGCAACCCCCAAACUCCCCAUAGUUCUUGCACACGGCUUGCUUGGAUUUUCAGAACUCAAAUUAGCAGGCAGUCUGGUGCCGCCCGUUCACUACUGGCGGGGAAUAGCUGAGGCUCUCAGGGCGAAUGGCGUAGAAGUGAUCACCGCUGCCGUGCCACCCUCCGGUACUAUUGAGCAACGGGCUCAAAAGCUUGGCGAGUAUAUCGCGCAGGAAGCCAAUGGCAAGAGCGUCAAUAUCAUUGCACACAGUAUGGGUGGCUUAGAUUCUAGGUACAUGAUCUCUCACCUACAACCCAAGAACGUGGACGUUCAAUCUCUUGUCACGGUCGCCACACCUCACCAUGGGAGUGCCUUUGCCGACUUUGUGUUCAAUGAGAUAGGAAACGAGAGGCUCCCUACGCUCUACAAAUUCUUUGGCAGCCUCGGCAUCGAGACCGGUGCCUUCUCACAGCUGACCAAGAAAUACAUGACCCAAGAAUUCAAUCCCAAGACUCCAGACGAUCCAUCUGUGCGAUAUUUCUCCUACGGGGCCAUGAUGAGUCGACCUGUACUGCUGAGCCCAUUUCGCACGACUUGGCAGAUCAUGCAGAACGCAGAAGGGGCAAACGAUGGACUCGUGAGCGUUGAAUCCGCCAAAUGGGGCGAAUAUAAAGGGACGCUUGUCCAAGUGAGUCACUUGGACCUCAUCAACUGGACAAACAGAUUGAGAUGGUAUAUGAGGAAGAUUUGGUUUGGCAAAGACCCUAAGUAAGCACUGAUCUUCCCAUUCAAACGUAAGGCUAAUUAACCUGCUCAAGUUUCAACGCGGUUGCUUUCUAUC